UCACAGCUGUCACAUGGUGCGGUUAUUGAGGUUGAACGCCCUCUCGGCUGCGGUUCCGCGGGGAGGGACCGGGAGCCCCGGGACUGCGGCUGCUCCCCCCGGGCCCGCCCCGCGCCAUGGCGGCUGCGCUGCUCCGGGGGCGGCUCGGCAGUGCUCGGCUCCGGCUCCGCGCCCCGCUGCGCAGCUCCGGCAGCGCCGGCGAAGACCCAGACUCUGUGACUAAACAAGCUGAAGCAACUGUUGCUACAGACUGGAAAAAAUGCCUUACUCCAGAGCAAUUCUAUGUUACAAGAGAAAAAGGAACUGAACCGCCUUUUAGUGGGAUCUAUCUGAACAACAUGGAAUCAGGAAUAUACUCCUGCGUGUGCUGCAAUGCCCCGCUGUUCAGCUCAGAGAAGAAGUACAAUUCUGGGACUGGAUGGCCAUCGUUUUCUGAGGCUUAUGGUACUUGUGGCAAAGAUGAAAGUAACACCAAUAUCACGAGACGACCAGAUAACAUGUUGGGAUCAACUAGAACCGAAGUCGUCUGCAAGCAGUGUGAUGCUCAUCUAGGCCAUGUGUUUGAUGAUGGUCCUGCACCCUCUGGGCAGAGGUUCUGUAUCAACAGUGCUUCAUUAACUUUCAAACCAGGCUCCAGUCAGUGAGAAGUGGAUCUCUGUGGCUUACAGCCUCGCUGUUUGUACAACAGGCUUGGGAAAAACUCUCACACUUUUAAUAUAGAACUCAAAUUUAGUACUUAAGCCACAGCAGCUUUGCUUUCCGGCUGUUAUCAGUGUUGAUAAAAUGUGUAUUUUUGUAGUAACUCUUUGGCAGUCUGCCUUUUCAAGGUUAGUGUGCUGGAAGUGUUGAUCUGUUUAUGUUUUUAAUUUUAAAAAAAAAUCUGUGCAAUAGUUCACACUCGUAACUGUCAACAUUAACUGUAUUAAGGCUGCUGGAAUGAAGUGCUCUCCUGAACCUGACUUUGCCUAUGCUGAACAGCAGUUGUGGCACCCAGGAAUACAGAUGUACAUGGCUGAUCAUGCCAGAGCUUUUACUUCUGUAAAAUCAUCAUAUCCUUCUAAAGAGAAGCAAAAAUAAAAUUAAUCUCCAAAUAAUGUUUGAGGCGUUUUUUUUCUCCUUAUGUGAGAGACCUUUAGCCAAGCCAGUUGACUUUUCCAUGAACCCAUAAAAGCAAAGUCCAAGAGGAGGACCUAAUUAAAACUAUUCCAGGCAACUGAACCAGCAGGGACACCGAGUCUUUAUCCUUUUCAAUCGAUGGCUGAUUCUGUGCCAAAUAGCAGAGCUGAAGGAGGGUUUGCUCCAGGAACCUCCUUUUACAGAAAUAACAUCAUAAUAACAUAAUGAUCUGUGUAAUAUUUCCAGCCUUCUGUUAUGACUUGUGUAUUUCAGAAUCUGAAAAUAGAAAUUAAUGUGAAGUUUACUGUAUUUGGAGAAAAAAAUCAGCAUCAAAACCAACGUUCAUUAAAGUGAUGCUUUUGUUGAAAACAUACUUGUCUGUUCUUCCUUGUGCAAGUCUAAAUACUUCUGUAUUCUUCCAAGCAUUGUC